AUGGGUGGGGGCAGUAUUUCCUUUUUAUUCCAGGGUAAACCCUACAUGUUUGACAGAGUGUUUCAGUCAAGUACAACACAAGAACAGGUCUACAACGCUUGUGCCCAAAAGAUUGUAAAAGAUGUUCUCGAGGGAUACAACGGAACAAUUUUCGCCUACGGUCAGACGUCAUCUGGUAAAACACACACCAUGGAGGGGAAUCUUCAUGACACAGAUGCAAUGGGCAUCAUCCCCAGGAUAGUACAGGAUAUCUUCAACUACAUCUAUUCCAUGGAUGAAAACCUGGAGUUUCAUAUUAAAGUUUCCUAUUUUGAAAUCUACUUAGACAAAAUCCGAGAUCUUUUGGAUGUGUCAAAGACCAAUUUAUCAGUGCACGAAGAUAAAAACAGAGUACCCUACGUAAAGGGCUGUACUGAAAGGUUUGUGUGCAGCCCAGAGGAAGUCAUGGAUACAAUUGAUGAAGGCAAAUCUAACAGACAUGUCGCAGUCACAAACAUGAACGAGCACAGCUCCAGGAGUCACAGUAUCUUCCUGAUCAACGUCAAACAGGAAAACACUCAGACAGAGCAGAAGCUCAGUGGAAAACUCUACCUGGUGGAUCUUGCUGGUAGUGAAAAGGUUAGUAAAACGGGUGCAGAAGGAGCCGUGCUGGAUGAAGCCAAGAAUAUCAACAAGUCUCUGUCAUCUCUGGGAAACGUCAUCUCUGCGUUGGCUGAAGGAACGGCCUACAUCCCCUACCGUGACAGCAAGAUGACCCGUAUCCUGCAGGACUCACUGGGUGGUAACUGUCGAACCACCAUUGUGAUCUGCUGCUCACCUUCCUCCUAUAACGAGGCUGAAACCAAAUCCACCCUGAUGUUCGGACAAAGAGCGAAGACCAUUAAGAACACGGUGACGGUGAAUAUCGAGCUGACAGCAGAGCAGUGGAAGCAGAAAUACGAGAGGGAGAAGGAGAAGAACAAAACCCUGAGGAACACCAUCACCUGGCUGGAGAACGAACUGAACCGCUGGAGAAACGGAGAGAGCGUGCCUGUAGAGGAGCAGUUCGACAAAGAGAAGGCCAACGCCGAGGUGUUGGCCCUGGAUAACAUCAUCAAUGAGAAGUCUGCUUCCACGCCCAACGUCCCCGGUGUCCGUCUGACGGACGUAGAGAAGGACAAGUGUGAGGCUGAGCUGACCAAGCUUUACAAACAGCUGGAUGAUAAGGAUGAAGAGAUCAACCAGCAGAGCCAGUUGGUUGAGAAGCUGAAGCAGCAGAUGCUCGACCAGGAGGAGCUGCUGGCUUCGUCCCGGAGGGAUCAUGAGAACCUGCAGGCAGAGCUGAACCGCCUUCAGACGGAGAACGAGGCCUCCAAGGAGGAGGUGAAGGAAGUGCUGCAGGCCCUGGAGGAGCUGGCUGUCAACUACGACCAGAAGAGCCAGGAGGUGGAGGAUAAAACCAAGGAGUUCGAGACAAUCAGCGAUGAGCUCAGUCAGAAAUCUUCCAUCUUGUCCUCUCUGGACUCUGAGCUCCAGAAGCUGAAGGAAAUGUCCAACCACCAGAAGAAGAGGGUGACGGAGAUGAUGUCAUCGCUGCUCAAAGACUUGGCUGAAAUCGGCAUUGCUGUGGGCAGCAAUGACAUAAAGCAACAUGAGAGCGGCAGCGGUCUGAUAGACGAGGAGUUCACAGUGGCCCGUCUCUACAUCAGCAAGCUGAAAUCCGAGGUGAAGACGAUGGUGAAGCGCUGCAAGCAGCUGGAGGGCGUUCAGUCUGAAAGCAACAAGAAGAUGGACGAGAAUGAGAAAGAACUGGCUGCCUGUCAGCUGCGCAUCUCCCAGCAUGAGGCUAAAAUCAAGUCCCUGACUGAGUACCUUCAGAAUGUGGAGCAUAAGAAAAGGCAGCUGGAGGAGAACGUGGACUCGCUGAACGAGGAGCUCGUCAAGCUCAGUGCUCAGGAGAAAGUUCAUGCUAUGGAGAAGGAAAAUGAGAUUCAGACUGCCAAUGAAGUGAAGGAGGCAGUGGAGAAGCAGAUCCACUCCCACCGCGAAGCCCACCAGAAACAGAUCAGCAGCCUGAGAGAUGAGCUGGACAACAAGGAGAAACUCAUCACCGAGCUGCAGGACCUGAACCAGAAGAUCAUGCUGGAGCAGGAGAGGCUCCGGGUGGAGCACGAGAAGCUGAAGUCCACCGAUCAGGAGAAGAGCCGCAAGCUGCACGAGCUCACGGUGAUGCAGGACAGAAGGGAGCAGGCCAGGCAGGACCUGAAGGGGCUCGAGGAGACAGUGGCCAAAGAGCUGCAGACUCUCCACAACCUGAGGAAACUCUUUGUUCAAGAUUUGGCCACCAGAGUGAAAAAGAGUGCUGAGAUGGACUCUGAUGACACAGGAGGAAGCGCCGCACAAAAACAGAAAAUCUCCUUUCUUGAGAACAAUCUGGAGCAGCUCACCAAGGUUCACAAACAGCUGGUUCGUGAUAAUGCAGACCUGCGCUGUGAGCUUCCAAAACUGGAAAAACGUCUUCGUGCUACGGCUGAGCGGGUCAAGGCACUGGAAUCUGCACUGAAGGAGGCCAAGGAGAACGCCGCCCGCGACCGCAAGCGCUACCAGCAGGAGGUGGACCGCAUCAAGGAGGCCGUCAGGGCCAAGAACAUGGCCCGGAGGGGACAUUCGGCUCAGAUUGCCAAACCCAUCCGACCCGGGCAGCCUCCAGUGGCAUCUCCAACCCACCCAAACAUCAACCGCAGCGGAGGCGGCUUCUACCAGAACAGCCAGCCGGUGUCCAUCAGGGGUGGAAGCAGCAAGCCUGACAAGAUCUGAGGAGCAGCAGAACAGAAGAAUAACACCACAGAGGAAGCCACCGUCACCCACCUGCCCACCCAGACAACCUGUCAUUCCAUUACAGCAAACAGGCUCCAUGGAGCCAUGAAGGAGUUUUGGAUUUAUAAAUAUAUAUAUAUAAAUAUUUCCCGGCCUGUACAGCUCCCAACCCCCUUUCCCUUCCAAACACCUCCACCCACCUUCCCACCCCUUUCCUUCAGUUCUCACAAUGAAUAUCUCUGUUUCUCUUACGGGAUAUAAUAUUAAAAAAAGAAAAAGAGCAAUUUUACUUUACAUAAUGCAGGAUGAUGAUAUUAUUCAGCAAACCAAACGCUGUCUCGAGCGCAGCCUUUCUUGCGAGCGAACCCAGUGCACGAUCUCGAAUGUUUAAGCUUCGGUUUCAUCUUUGUUUUGCACAGUCUGUCAUCAGCCGUCGUCUUUGUGCGAGUAGUUCUGCACUGUGCCAAGCUGAAUGUAAACGGUAGCAAGAAAACAAAACGCCUAAAACGGGGGAAGGGGGAAAAAAAGACCAAAAAAAAAAGAAGAGGAGCUCGACCUUCUAGGCUAACUUCUGUACAUUUUCAUUCUUAAUAUCAAAACGUCAGAUCUCUCUGUAUAGAUUUUCCAUGCUUCAUAAAGGAGGAUUUAGCAUCCAGUCAAAGGUGUCCCGUGCUCUCCUCUUGUACAGAUGUAAAAUCAGCACUGCUGCACGUUUCCCACGGGUUGGAGAGAAAGCUGCAAGGAGGCGUCUCGCAAAGGAAGAAUCUGAAAAAUAAUUUAAGAAAAAAAGCAAAGCCGUGCAACAGCUGUACUGUAGAUGUAUUUAACGAAAUACCUGUGGAGGCCAAUUGUUUUUAUCAUUAAGUUAAAUUAAAACUAUACUUGUUAUCUAUGGCUUCGUUGGAAGGAUAUGAAUAAUGUAGAGAGAUGAAGGGCGGGGGGAGGGGUUAGAAUGAUGCCGUUAACACAAACUUCCACCUUUUAGCCCACACUAAGUUGUUAAAUGUAAUGUUUUUAACGCACCUAAGUGGGUAAUGUCGCUGUUAUAGACUAUUUAUAAAUCUCAGCACAUAAACUGCAGCUGAUUAGACAGAGUCGCCAUCUUCGUCCUGUUCUAGCCGGGUGCCCACAUGUAUCCAGGAGCUCUGAUCCAACGUCAUGAUUUAUUUACAAGGGUGCCUCGCUUCUACAUUCAUCUUCCUCCUUUUUUUUUUGUUUUUUUUUCUUAGAUGUAAGACCUAAGCUGGGUUUUAUGUGUUUUUGUUCAGUAGACGGUGUAGAUGUUUGAUAGAAAGUUGAAAAAGAGGGGGAGGUGUGUAUCAGUAGAUGGAUCGGACCCUCGCUGCUGAUCAGCCAGUCAGGGAAAGCAGGGUCCAAAUAAAGAAAACCCCACAUAUUGCACAAUAAUCUUUGAUCAUCUUGUGGAAGAAAGGGUUUAUUUAAGUAAAUCUAACCAGCGGGUGUAGGAUUUCUUUAGUGUUUUGUUGUUAUCUAAUUUUUUAUUUGGUUCCUAUUACAUCUUUUAUUUUGUUUGUUUGUUUUUUUUUUAUCAUGAAAAGCCCCAGUGCAUUGGCAGGACAGCUGAUGGGGACUGUAACCCCGGCAUAAGAACACUAACACCUUGCAUAAGUGCAAUAUACUGUAAGAUACACUGUAUGUCGGUCAGUUAGUAUUUGCUGCGGUGAUCCAGCCACACCUCUUUUUGUUACUCAUUGAAGGCCUCUUUCAUCACUGGAAACCUGAAUCAUAAAACGGCUUCUUUGUGCUCAACAUAAACGCUGAAGA